UAGCGACCCGAGGUCGGGGGCGUUUCCCCCCUCUCUGCCCCCUUCCCCUGGGGGCCAUUGUGCCGCCGCAGCGGGAGUGGGGCGCGCGUAGGGGGGCGGGGUCGCCCCUCCCCUCUCCUCCCCCCCACCGGAGGGGGCGCACGCGGUGGCCCGGCCCCCCCUCCCUCUGGGCGGGGUCCCCUCCCCGCCCCCGCGGUCUCCGGUGCGUCAGGGGCGCGUCAGUGAGUGAGCGCGCGGGGCGGGCGGAGCCGGAGAGAGCGGAGCGCGGAGCCGGAGGGAGAGAAGGAGGGACCGGCCGGCGGCGGCGGGGACAGGCGUGGGCAGCGGCGGCGACAGCGCGAGGGCUCUAGCUCGGGUCUCUCUCUUUCCCCCUUGGUCUCCCCGCCUGCCCGGCGCCCAGGGGCCGGCAUGUCGGCCGUGGCCUGCGUGGAUUACUUCGCCGCCGAGUGCCUGGUGUCCAUCUCCACGGGUGCCGUGGUGCACCCGGCGGCCCUGCCCCGGCCCGAGCCCCCGCCCCCGGCCCCGCCAGCCCCGGAUCCGCCGGCCCCGGGAGACUGCAGCCGUGAGGACCUAGAGGUGCGCGAGGCUCUGCAGGCAGCCGCGGGGCGCGGGGGCUCCCCGGCCCCGGGCCCCGGCCCCGCCGAGCCCCCCAACUUGCUGGCGGUGGCCAACAUCCUGACGGACCUGCGCGGGCCGCGCCCCGCCUCGGCUCACUCGGAGAGCGGCAGCAGCACCUCCUCGUCGUCCUCGUCCUGUUCCUGCAACGGGGACCCCGACGGCGCCCCCCCUGCCGGCCCGCCCGCUCCCACGGCCGCCGCCCACGCCGCCUCCCGCCGCUGCCACAGCCCUUCGCCGCCUAGCAAGCGCCACCCGUGCCGCUUCGAGGGCUGCUGCAAAGUUUACGGGAAGUCCUCCCACCUCAAGGCGCACAUGCGGACGCACACAGGUGAGCGUCCUUUUCCCUGCACGUGGUCCGGCUGCAUUAAGAAGUUUGCACGUUCUGAUGAGCUGGCCCGGCACUACCGGACACACACCGGCGAGAAACGUUUCUCCUGCCCCAUCUGCAGCAAGCGUUUCAUGCGGAGUGACCACCUGACCAAGCACGCCCGCCGUCACCCCACCUUCCAUCCCAGCAUGAUCAAGCGCCAGGGGGCCCGCAGCGUCUCCCCCAGCGACUCGCUGGCCUCUGCCCCCUGCAGUCUGGCAGGCAGCCCCAGCCCCAGCCCAGCACCCAGCCCUGCUGCCUUCCUCUAGGGGGAAGGGCCUAGGAAGCUGCCGCCACUGCCCCUUGUUCUUCCAUCAUUUCCCCUCACCCCACCUUGGGCCUCCCUGAAGAGCCAUCUCCCCCUGGACCUUCUGCCUCUCCUGAAGCUGGCUGCCUCACCAGAUGGAGGGGGCCCUCCCUGUGCCCCUUUCAGGGCACAGCCUGGGACACCAAGGACUUUCCUUCCCCCUGGGGCCACCUGAUUUUAUAUUUUUAACCAUCGUGCUGACGGGAGGGUGGGAGGGUGGGUGUAUCAGACCACUGCGGGCUGGGGACAGAGAAUAGCACCAGCAUUUGCCUGGGGGGUGGGGGGAGCUGUGCUUGCUCCCAGCAGCCACCCCUCCAGGGUCUCUGCCAUCCAUUUGGGCCACCUUUGCCCCGGGGAUUCCCUGAGGGGUGAGGGCACGUGGGUGGUCGAGUUAAGGGGAACAGCAAAGCUAGACCCCCAGCUGUCAGCUGAUUUUUCUGCAUCCUUAAAGGAAGGACUUUCUCCUCCCUUCCCUCUGGAGGGAAAGGGGGCUGGGAUUGAAGUUUUAGGGUCAGAAUUCUUGGGCCUCUGUGGAUAUUGUUUUGUUUUUGUUUUUUUCUUUUUAAACCUGUGGAGGCUCCAUGGACUCUCCCCAAGGGGAGCCCCCAAGCAGAGCACACAUCCCAGGUUAGGGGGGGAGGGGUGCCCCCUCUGUGCCCUGGCCUUGAAGGCAGCUGGCAACAUUGGAGACAGAAAAUAAUGCUUUCUAUUUCUGUACAUAGUGAUGACGAUGAUUAUUAUUAAUAUUUUUUUUAUAUUGAUUAAAUGUGGAAUCCAGGUUUGAUGAGAGGCAGACACACAAGGCCAUUCCUUUACUCUCCCCGUCCUCCCUGCGGUGCCUCUCUGCUGGCAGGGUGUCUUGGAUGUCUCAGCAUGGAGGCCCAGGGUCUGGGCAGGAGAUGGGGACGGGUUCAGCCCAGAAGGUUGAAGUCUGUGAGUGUGUGUAUGUCACAUUGCAUAGAGCACAUGCCCUUUGCCAGGGUCCAGCCUUCCGGGCCCAGCCCACGGUCCCCAAGACGUCUUGUCCAUGAUGGAGCCUCUUGGGACGAGCCUAGCCAGGAAUGUGGCCCAAAGGGUCAGAGCUGAGCUUGGAGAGCCAUAAAGUCAGAAUGUCUUCCCAAGCUGGGAAAUGGAAGAGUUUGGAUUACCAGACCUCAGGGUUUUGCUAAGGUGGAGGGCCUUUUCCCAAGCCCUUUGGUGCCUAGGAAGAGGUCGUUUGGAUCCAGGAUCUGGGAACUUGACCCUCUUUGGGUCACCUCUAUUAUCUGUCUAUUGGAGCUAGAACAGUGGUUGUAUUUUAGGGGUGCAGGUAGACAAUUGUUACCUGUGGAACCAUCCACACACCCCCACCUCCUUGUCUUUGGAGGAGAGCCCUUGUUAGCCUCUGGCUGCGCUCUGCUGGCACAGGUCAGAGGGUUCAGUGCUGGAAAGGGGUCUCAACGCCCUCAUUUAACAUCUGGGGAAACUAAGGCUUGGAGGGGGAAGUGACUUGCCCAAGGUCAAACAGCUAGUCACUGGAAUGGCCAGGGAUGGUUCCCUCUUACUCCCCAAAGCUUGGUACAGGCCCCUUGGUGCAAACUAGCCCAUCGAUGAUGCAGAGAACACCCAUCAGGCCUGUAGAUGAUGGAGCUGGUAAAAUGACUUAGUGGGGAGGGGGCCGUGCUCUGGGCAGCAUUUGUUCCCAGAUCCUUCCUCCACCUUCUUACCCUGGGGCUGGCUGGGAUAGGUCAGAUCCCCCAGGGAAGCCAUUGGAGAUGUUCAGGGAAAUGGGGGUUUGGGAGAGGGGGAGGGCAACCCUCCACCCCCAGGAAAUCUCAGGUGUCUGUAGGUUUUGUUUAUCUAACAGUGGGGCUGCAGCAGCUCUUGCCUCCUCGAGCCCCACAAGGGGGUUGCUAGGUUUAUUUCUGAAGCUGUCUGCAUCUCCUGGGGGUGGGUGGGGGGUAUAUGGAGAGGAUGUUGACUCUGGAGGUAAGACUUUGGCUUCUUCCAAAGAACUAACGAUUCAAAGUCAGGCCUGGGUUUGAGGGCUCUUAUUCAAUGGGAACCCAUGCCCUUUGCCAAAGGCACUUCCCCAGGGUUGGCCAAGGGAGAGGCAGCUGGGGUUUUCUUCCUUUUUCUACCUGUCUCAGGCAGUGUGCUGGUAGGGCAUGGGCCAAAGGCUGCCCUCUUGUCUUCAGAGUGUUUCCAGGGUCCUCCCUGCUCUUGGUAUACAUGGGGGUAGGGUUAACCUUGAUUUGGGGGCAGGGGAUUGUGCCCUAACUUCCACCCUGCUCCCUCCUGAAGGCACCCUUUAACCCUCUUUCCUACUCAUGGUCUUGCGACAGCCAAUCAUGUCUGGAAGCUGCAUCUUUGCUUCAAAGCCAGUUUGUUCUCUCUCUCUCUCUCUCUCUCUCUCUCUCUCUCUCUCUCUCUCUCUCUCUCUCUCUCUCUCUCUCUCUCUCUCUCCCCUUUCUCUCUCCUUUCUCUCUCCUUUCUCUCUCCCUCCCUCCCCCUUCCCUCUCUCUCUCUCUCCCUCUCUCUCCUUUCUCUCUUCUUCCCUCCUCUUUCUCUCCCUCUCUUUCUCCCUCUCUCUCUCCUUUCUCUUUCUCUCUCCUUUCUCUCUUCUUCCCUCCUCUCUCCCUCCCUCCCUCCCCCUUCCCUCUCUCUCUCUCUUUCUCUCCUUUCUCUUUUCUUCCCUCCUCUUUCUCUCCCUCUCUUUCUCCCUCUCUCUCUCCUUUCUCUCUUCUUCCCUCCUCUCUCUCUUUCUCUCUCUCUCUCUCUCUCCCUCUCCCCCCUCCCUCUCCUUCUCUCUCCUUUCUCUCUUCCUUCCUCUCUCUCUCUUCCCUCCUUCCCCCUCUCCUUUCUUUCUUCUCCUCUUUUUCUCACCUUAUCCCUUUUUCCCUCUAGCUUUCCUAGGUCCCUCCUUUCCCUUCCCCAAAUGGUAAAUUCCCCUCCCACCUAUUUGGGGGGAGGCUGGGAUCUCCUUGUUAGCUAUAUUAAGGUUAAGAUAUAGUCCAAUAAAAAUCCCUGCCUUGGUGGGGAAAGAUGGCUGGGUCCGGGAGCAUCUUACUACGUUCCUAAGAUCAGACCCAGACCUGAAAGUCACCAUCUUCAACUGGGCCCCUGAGAACCCUAAGAUUUUAGAGCUAGAAAGGGACCCUUGGAAAAGUAUUGAGUCCAACCUCUCAUAUUGCAGAGGAAGAAGGCCCAGAGAGACUAGGUGACUUGCUUAAGGUCACAUAGUUCCUAAGUGUCUGAGGUGGAUUCCAAUCCGAGCCUCCCGAACUCCAAAUCCAGUGUUCUUUCCACUAGAUAGGACUCCCUACAAUUACAGAAUACCCAAAAUACAAGUGGAUCCUAGCGACUACUGAGCCCCAGUGCCUUCAUUUUAUAGAUCGGGGGAAACUUGAGGCCCUGGGAGGUGAAUGGGCUUGACUUGCCCAAGGUAAUGCAGUCAGCCUCCUGACCUCAAGGCAGGUCUUCUCCCACCGGACAGGCCUCCCCCACCUCCCCUCCUUAGCUGCUUUAGGAUACCCCUAGAGAAUCCCCUUGCCUUUCCUCUUCUCAUCUUCCACCCAGUUCCCCACCGUCUGCUUCCAUGCUGCUCUGGCUUUGUGGCCUUCUUUCAGACAGUGUGGCUGCUGGGGUUGACGAAAAGGCCUUUAUCUUAUUGAGAGUUUAGUUCCUAGAAGUUGAGGCAGGACAACACUGAUUUCAAAAUUCGCUAAGAGCCCUGGGAGGUUGGGGUGGGUGGGCUGGGGUGGACAGAAUAGGUUCUUUUGUAAAAGUAGACUUUUGUGUGUGGCUCCCCCCCCCCCCCCAGUCCUUGGGUCAGCGGGUGCCCUGGUGGCUUGAGGGGGUGGAUAAGGGGUGGGGAUGGGGUGUGUGUGUGUGUGAACGCUUUAUAACUGGUUCUGUGGGUAACUUAUUGUUUUCUGGCCCCUGCCCACCCACCCACCCACUUUCUCUGGGAACUUGACAUAAGCUUUGGGAAGAGCAGCCUGUGUGCGUGUUGUCUUGAGUUUUUGAGUUGCUUUGUAAGUGAGAGACCCCAAGAUCCUGGCCGUAUUUGUGAGCAUCCCAGGGGCAGGACCCUGCCUGGGAGAGGGUGACCUGUCUAAAGGUGGGAGAUCAGGCUUGCCAGAACGCAGGAUACUCCGCACUCCCUUCCCCACUCUGGCCCCCAUCUCUUCUCCCUGUCUUCCACCGAGUGGGGAUUGGAGUGUGUGUGUGUCUGCGUUGGGAGGAAGGAACCCAAACCGCCCCCUCCCCCCCACUUAAGGCCAAGGAGGCGGAGUGUGGCAUCCCCCUGCCCCCCACUCCCAAUGGGGCAUUUCAAACCUGCCUCCCUCCAGGGAGCCAACAUCAUUGAGAGUCCCUCGUACUGGCAGAGGCCAGAGUGCCCCAGCUUCCCACGCGGGGUGGCGGCGGCAAAAGCUGGAUUCUGAGCUAGAGCUUCCAAUUUCCAAGUUUUCAUGUCUUUUCUACUCUGCCAUGCUAUGCUGCCUGCCCAGAGAGGGGCAAAGGGGGGUGACAGGGACUGCUCUUUCUCUCUCUCUCCUGCUGUUCCCCCCAUCGGGCUUACUUCAGCCAGAAUUCUUUCCUAAAGUCCGCUGAACCCUCCUGGGGGGUGGUCCCCUUGGGUCUGGGAACAGGAUUCUCCUUCUGGUUCUGGGAGAUCAGAGGCCCAUACACGGAGUUGGUAAUGUUCCUAGAAGUCACUGUCUAGCCUGAUUUUUUAGAAACCGAAGCUUGCCCGGGUGACAGCACGUAUCGGGGUGGGAUUUGAACCCAGGGCUCCUGGCUUCUGGGCCAGCUUUGUCUGCUCUACUACUAAUCAGGGCUUUGGGGUGGGACAGAUGAGGGUGCUGGGGGCCACCUAGUGAGGGUUGUGAAUCUUCCUUUCCUCCCCCCAUUUCCCUAAAGCCCUCUCUCUCCCCUGCUUUUCGAAUGGCCUUAGGGAAGGAAUUCCAAGACUCAGGAUAAGAUUCUAAGGAGAGGAGAGCCUUCUGCCUGACUCUGGCUGCUGGAUGGGGGGCGGGGAGAAGCCUGCUUGGGGGCUGUGGUCUGAAAGAGGAACUGGAAACAAACUGGGAGGGAGGCCCCAGGCGCCUGAGCAAUGGCGGCUCCGGGAGGGGACUGGCCUUGGGAACGGUAGCGUGUCAUGGGGAACCUGCAUGAUUGCCCCCUCCACCCCCACAGGUGUUUUUAUGGCGGAGGACACGGAUUCUGGGGUGAGGGACCCCGGACCCAGUGAGUCUUGGCUCCCUAAGCCCAGCCGGUGACGGGAUAUCUGGGGAGCUGGGCCAAAGCCCUGCUCCAGCAAAAAGGCCUUUUUUGAGCGAGAGUCACCGGGGAACAGAAUUUUCUUUUUCCUUUGCAACUGUGGGUGGGUGUGCUUGUGUGGGUGUCUCUGAGUGUGUGUAAAUCGCUCAUCCUUCAGGGCCUCCCUGUUGGAAGAGGGGGUUGGGGGGAGGGACAGACUGAAGGGGGGGUGGGAGGGGCGCAUGGUAUCAUUGAUGUAUUUAAAUAAAAGUUUUUUAAAAUCCCA